CCAAUCGCGUUACAGCAAAGUGAAAUGGCGGCUGUAUAGAAAACAUUCAAAGGGCCAAGCUUGCUGUAAAACUAUUGGAUAUCUUAGUACUUUUUUCCCAGAAAGAGAGAAACACGAUAAAGAAGGUGAGAGGAUGGCAUUCACUUCGCCCAGGAAAUUUCUGAGAGCUAAGAGACAUCAACCAGAAAUUCUAGAAGCAGACAGUCCAAGAGCGAGGGCAGUCACAUUCAACGACAAUGUCGUUGAGACUUCAAUUGGAGGCACUCAAACCCAUACGAAAGUGAAAGUUGACCCUUUGCUUAAGAUUGCCGGUGAUAGAAAUUUUGGUGAAACCAAAUGUCAGAAUCAGAGCCUGUAUACUUCCACAAAGACUGUAAUUUUAGAUACGAAACAGCGCUGUGUUGAGGAACAAGAUACAAACGCUGAAAAUAAAGAAAAUGUUCAGGAAAUGAAUGUUGCAGAAAAAUCAAAACAAACUUCAGAGACAGGUAAUGAUGUUUCAUCGCACUCUUCCAAACUCCAGAUAAAAGAAAAUGGAUCAUUCACUGCACUUUCUUUACUUCCCAAAUCACCAAAACUUUGCUCCACAAAGACAGAGAAUGUCCGAAGGGCCACACAAGACUGCUUGGAUGAGUUACAGAAUGGCAGUUAUUCCACCCCUCCAAAGUACUUGCGGCGCCAUACUUUGGAAUCAAAACUGUUUGAGACACCAGACUGCUACAAGGUGGUACAUAUUGAAACUCCCAAAUCUCUUCGCUUUGAUCAAGGACUUGGUACAGAUGAUUCUGAUUUGUCUGGCAUGUAUGAGGAAAAUGGAGAAGACAGCUGUAGUGUAACUGUUGCAGUCCGUGUUCGGCCUUACAGUCAGAGAGAGUUAGCAGACCCUAAUGUCAAGCGUGUGGUUUCAAUGAAUGGUAAUGAAACGGUUGUAACAACAGAGAGUGGGAAUGUCAAUCGCUUUGCUUUUGACUUCUCCUUUUGGUCAUUCGACCGUGAAAAUGGAGAUUUUGCUGAUCAGACAUCUGUUUAUACACAUCUGGCAGUUCCACUUUUGGGAAAGGCUUUUGAAGGAUACAAUACUUGUUUGUUUGCCUAUGGCCAAACUGGCAGUGGAAAAAGUUACAGUAUGAUGGGCCAUGGGUCUGAAGUUGGAAUCAUACCAAGGUUUUGUAAAGAGCUCUUCUGUCGAGCAGCUCGAGCCAGUGACCGAGAAAAAGUGAAAAUAACUGUGGAGAUUAGCUUUUUUGAGAUCUACAAUGAAAAGAUUCAUGACCUUCUAGCAUCUUCCAAAGAAAAGAAUGGCAAGAAGACAACAUUGAAAGUUCGUGAGCAUCCUGUUUUAGGUCCUUAUGUUGAAGGUCUUUCAACUUUUGUGGUCAACUCCUUUGAGGAUGUUGAGGGAUGGAUCACCCUUGGCAACAAAAACAGGGCCACAGCAGCCACUGGUAUGAACGACAAGAGCAGCAGAUCACACUCUGUCUUCACCAUUCUUCUUACUCAGACACGGAUUGAACGUGUAGAUGGAAAAGACCAUGACCAUGCCAUCAACAGCAAGAUAAAUCUUGUGGAUCUGGCUGGGAGCGAGCGUCAGUCACAAGCUCAGACCUCUGGCGAGAGACUAAGAGAAGGGGCCAACAUCAACAAGUCCUUGCUUACCUUAGGCAAGGUUAUCUCCCUACUGUCAGAACGGUCAACAUCUGGCAAGAAGCGCAAGAUUUUUAUCCCAUACAGAGAUUCUGUACUCACGUGGCUUCUGAAGGAGAGCCUAGGAGGCAACUCAAAAACAGCCAUGAUAGCCACAGUCAGCCCUUCAUAUCACCACAUUGAUGAAACACUUAGCACACUCAGAUAUGCAAGACAGGCCAGAUCCAUCGUCAAUGUUGUCCAUGUCAAUGAAGACCCAAAAGCCAGAAUAAUCAGAGAAUUGCGAGCAGAGAUAGAAAAACUGCGCAAUCAGUCAGGACUGAUGAAUGGAGAUUCACAUCUGGCAAGCAUGGCUGAGAUAGCCAUGCUACGAGAGAAGCUGGUCUCCAAAGAAAAAGAAAUGGAUGAUCUUUCCAGGUCCUGGCAAGAGAGGCUUCGGCAAGCAGAAGAAAGAAAAGAGGAAGAAUCUAAACAACUUGAGAGGUCAGGUGUGGCCAUAAAAGUCGACAACCAGCUCCCCAAUCUAGUGAAUCUGAAUGAAGACCCUCAACUCUCGGAGUUGCUUCUCUAUGUCAUCAAGACUGGCCAGACUCGCGUGGGUCGUAAGGGUGGCAACUCUAUCCAUGACAUUCAGCUGAGUGGGGCGCUGAUAGCUGACAAUCACUGCAUCAUUAACAAUAUGGAGGGCAUUGUUAACAUCACACCUAUUGGUGAUGCCCCUACCUACAUCAAUGGAAACCUUAUCACAGAGCCCACUAUGCUGCACCAUGCUGACAGAGUUAUUCUUGGUGGAGAUCACUACUUCAGGUUCAACCAUCCAAUCGAAGUUAAGAAGCACAAAAAGAGCAAGGGAUCUGUUUCAACAGAUAAAAAGGACUUCGAAUUUGCCAGGCAGGAACUGAUGCAAAUGCAGGAGGCUAGACUGCAAGCUGAGCUGAAGGAAGCUCAAGAAGCAGCCCAGAUCAAAAUGGAGGAAGAACUGAAGCGGGCCAGGCAUGAAGCAGAGCUGGAAUUGGAUCAGCAGCGCACAGGCUAUGAAGACAAACUGGCAAACCUAGAAAGAAACCUUAGAGAGCAGACUUUGGAAGUGCAGAAAGCUGAACAGUCACGGCAGGAGGCCCAUGAUGUUAUUCAAGAUCUACGUAAACAGAAAAUGAUGUUGGAACAGGAAGUGCUGGCAGGGAAAAAGAGGCGUGAACUGGAAGAAGAGGCAGCCAAGAAGGUUAAUGCCAACUUGGUGUCCAGCAAGUCUCGUAUUCUUGAGCUGCUUGAGGAAGAGCUGUUGAAAUCUAAGCAACGUUUGAAUGAGGUUCGUCAGCGUCGUGCUGAGAUGACGCCUUCAAAACGGAAACGGAUGGCAGGGGAGGGAACCCCGAUCAGUGGGGUUAGAAAGGACCUGUACAAGGUGGCUCUGUUGUUGAGGGAAGCCAACAAGAUAAGCCAGUUCCUUAAGAAAAGCUUGGUGUUCAGCCGAGAAGAUUUAGACGAAGAGUUAGAAGAAGGGGAACUUGGUCAGACACAGGCAAUCAUUAAGGUUUCAAACACACGUCAUGGCAUCUUCACUCGCUGGUCUGUGGCCAAACUUGAAGACAAAGUUGUGCAGAUGAGAGACCUCUUCCAGAGCAAUGGGGAAAGUAUUGCUGAGGAUGAUGAGGUCUUCAAUGAUCCCAGUGACACCUGGACAAAAGAGAACCCUUCUCCAUUUGCCUCCCCCAUGGCGGCUAGUCUUUACAGGAGUCCCAUUUCCAGCAGUAGCACCACAUCCUCACAGCCUGUCUUCUCUUCCUUAUCUUCAGUCAGCUCUAAACGAGUAUCUUUUGGUUUGCCUACUGCUCAAGAGACUGAUAAGAGUCUGCUCAAAGCCUGUCGAAAACUCAUAACCCUGACCACAAAUCAGCUGAAUGUGUCAAUGAGUACGGAACAAACAAUAGUGGACAAGAUCUUGAUGGACUGUGAGCAUUUGAGAACAUCCCUGGUUGGAAUAGUGGAUGGUGAACACAUCAGACAUUUUUCAGGCAGCCUUGAAGGGCCUGAUAUGGCUUGUGCUGCUGUGCAGCUGGUAAGUGGAUUGCAGCUGCUUGCUUCUCACUGCUCUCUCUGGGCCUCCACUUUGGACCACAACACUCCAACACUACAGGAUCUUAUUGGUCGCCUUACAGAGCAUAUCCGUAUUAUUGGCGUUCAUGUGUCACAUUUUCUGCAGGGCUGUGAGACCGACCUGACCAGCCUGAUUCAUGAAUCAGCAGCUAAGAUCACAGAUGAAAUUAUCCGUCUUUGCCACACAUGUGGGGAGCUAGCAUUAGCUACAAAAGCCAAAGUUCUGUGUCUUGAGCAUACUUUGGAUGGAAGUGUUGCUUGCACAGCUUCAGGGCAGCUGAGUACUGAGGUAUGUCAGGCAUUCCUGAAAGGCUGUGACAAUUUGCUGGAUCGGACGCUUCAAGGAGGCCUGAAGACACUUGAAGAUUGUGAGAACAAAGCUCAGUACCUAACUAGUGCCUCCUCAGUCAAGGACCUGGCUUCGGUUGCUCAGCAUGUUGAACAGACUUUGGCCAGUACCAAGACCCUACUUCAAACUUGUCAGGAGGUACAGGUGGAGGUGGGGAUAAGCUUUCAUGAUGGAAGUAUCUGCUUGGACGUUGAAGUAGCUGAAAAGCCUGUGAGCAAUCCCUUUUAUCACCAAAGCUACCAGCGUCUACAGUCCCUGCUGACACAGGUGUCAAACCUAGCAGAGACAGCCAGUUUGCUAGUGCAGUAUACAAAACCAGCUUUGAAAGGAGACAGGUGCAACCUUCAGCAAGUCCAACGCUGUGCAGAACUAAUUCAGAAAGUAGUCUUGCAGCUUAUGAACACUUCCAGAUCUGACUCCUCUUCAGCCUUUUCAGACAGUCUCUUAGGAUCUUCUGUCUCACCUCAAAAAGUAAGAACCACAGUCCUUCACAGCUGGCAGUCAUCUUUUUCAGACUCUGCCUCCAUUUUUUCCGAAUCCCAGGCAGAGAGACUGAAUGAUGCCACAGAAGAAGUGCUAUUAGCCAGCAGGUUGCUAGCAGAACAUGUGCAGAAAGUUGAACACUGCAGAAAUGGUCUCCCCAAUCCCCUACACCAGACAAUUUCUGCUAAAGCUCACGGCUCAGUUUUAAGUGCGUCAUGAUGCUGAUGUACCCAGCAACAGCUUUCUUCAUAAUCAUUUUAAUGCAGUCUUCUCGAUGUAUGCUGUUGCUAGGAGGCAUUGAUGUUUGAUGGAGUAGAGCUCUAAACACUUCUAAGAUGUUCUAAAAUCUAAAGAAUAUCCAUUUCCAACAUUUCUCACCAGUGAAGUUUAGAGAAAGAAUGUGAUAUAAAGAGGCUAUCAACAAACAACAUUAUUUAAAAUUAGCUUGUAUUGUAUUGACUCUCUGUCAUCUUAAUGUGAAAAUGUUAAAAAUAUGAAUACCAGAAAUUUUACAUUAUGACUACACCCUUAUCAAUUCAUUUGAAUUUAUGCACAAAAAUACUUAUGUUUAUUGCAUCAUUGCUAUUUGAUAUUUAUUUUCUGGGCUUUAUUUGCAAAGUUAAAUUUCAGCUUCAGUGCCAAUAGAACAGAUGAUGUACUGUUUGUGCAAUGGUGUUGGCUCACUAUAGCUUGUGAUGCUUAUGCUGUAAGAUUUUAGAGCUGAUUGUGUGUGUACACAUUUGUAGACAUUGUUUUUGUUUUUUUGGUUUUUUUGAACCAUCACAACCUGAACAAACCUUUUCAUAUUGUUGUAAGCAAAGUUACUUCGUGUAUAAUGUACAAUAUAAUGAUACUGAACUACUGAGCAAUAAACUUGUGACUGUUAUGGACAUGACGAAUGCACUCACAUUCUGUUUAUAUAAAUUUGAUGUUGAUAAUACUUAUUUUGAUGCUACUGUCUUCAGAAAAAGGAAAAGAAAAAAUGCAAUAAGUGCACCUAUUUUUUACUUUUAUCUCUUUUAGAUCUGACAACAGUUUUAGUUACGCUGAUAUGAACUUUGUGUAUUCUACUGCACAUUGCUUCUCUCUUUUGGCAAAUCAUCAUUGCUGUGUUUCUCUGUCCAUUUGACUGUUGUUGCUCUCACACCUUUUCCCUAGCGGACAUGAAAGUUAAGAAUAAAGGUGUUCUAUAUGCUAUUCAGUGAAAAUAAUCUUUGAAUUUAAAGAUAUGCAUAUUUAUAUUUGAAACCAAUGAGAUAAUUUAUGUACAUAAACAGUUACCUAGAUUUCAUGAAAAGUACCAUAAUUCAAAACAUUUCAUCUCCUUUCACAUGUAUAUACAUAUAUUUAUCAAGCUUCUUGUCUUAAAGGAGAUAAUUGAUAAUCAUCACUUUCGGUCAGCAUUGUUCAUGAUGAGGCCCUUUAAUCCUCGUUUUAAAUACUUUCCUGCUUUCCCACAAAGAGACAAACUUUUUUCUACCUUUCUUUCCAUUCGCAGAUAAGAUAAAUUGCUGAACAAGAUUUCACAUGCUGGGGUAGGACAUUGCUUGGGCCUAUGAUUUUCCAUUCUUUCCCUAUCUUAAUUGCAACCUUUUGUCUUUAUUGCGCCAUCCCAGUGAUCCUAUCGGCUUUUGAUGCCCUGCCGUCCAAGUCAAUUUCUUCAAAUUGCUUCAUCUCACCUCUCUUUGCACUUGAUUUCUGUUUGCCACAGCAUCAUUCAUUUGCUGUUUUUUUUUUUUUUGUUUUUUUUUUAUUUCUUCAUUGUGUGGCUAACUGUCAGCUCAUUUUUGCACAGUCUUGUGUGCUCUACAUAUUGGUUUGCCUCCACACAGGAGAAUGCGCUCUGCAAAUUCAGUUAUUUUUAGUUUCAGGCAGCAAUAACCCUUAGACACCUUUAGAACUAUAUCCUAAUGCUACAUGGAACAAACAAACAAAAAUCCUGGAACUGUUUUUGAUGUGUUUCAAUAAAAUAUUUAUCAUAGA